AUGACCUCAACACCACAUUCAACAACUAUUCCUAUAAUCGACCUAACAUUAUCACCAGAACAUUCUAUAAUUAGCAAAUCCAAUGUACGUACUGAUCCACGUCUUCGUCUUAAUUUAUCAUAUUUUAAUCAUUCACAAUUAGAACAUCCUGUAUACUUACCACCACUCAACGGAUUCGAAGUCUCCGCAUCGAAAUGCCCCAAAAAUGUCUUUUCUAAAAAAUCGAUUCUCGAAUUACUCUCUGAUUAUAAAACAUUUGAACAACAAGUGAAUCAACAUUAUACUGAUACUAAUUCUACAACUGCAAUGUCUUUAUUACCAACAACACGAUUAAUUUAUUCAGCUACUAAUCAAAGAGCUCGUGAAAAUCUCUUAAUUGAAGAGAUCGAUAAUUUAAUUAGACAAUUGAUGAAUGGUCCAUAUCAUUAUUCACCUUAUCGAGUCAUUCUCUAUUGGACAAUCAAUGAUCGGUCUCAUUUUUAUUAUACUGCAACAGUAAUCAUACAUGAAGUUUUGUUAAAUAAUCAUUGA